UAGGUUAUCAAGCGGAGUCCCCACAAAGGUCAUCGCCAACUGCUUCUAAUGAAUAUUAUUCUGUCUCUGAAAUCACAAUCUUAGCGCUAUACUUGUCAGUGCGAACAGUAUGUUUCUACAUUGUUUGCGACACGAUUGACAAGUUGCCCGCAGUGUAAUUUGUUUUUCUUCUUAUUAAUUUAAUUUUGUCGUUCCAAAAAAAAAAACCAUUAUAAUGGCCGACCUUGAUUGUCGAAUUGUUGCAAUGCUUGGACUAGCGUUAUCCUUGCUCUCGCUUAGCGGUUUGAUUUUUGUCCGCCAUCAUCAACAUCAUGCAUACUAUCACUCUCCAGAAGCUUUUGUUACGGAACGUGAAUGCCUUCCGUGUGAUGACAAUAAAAGUACUAGUAGCAAAAGUGACAGCGGCACGACUGGCAUAGAAUUCGGGUCAGACAGCAAUCCGCCCACCAACUUAAUUACCACCCCACACGAUGCCAGUAAUGAAACCUCAUCUCACAGCAGCGAUGGUGGAGCCUUUGAUGUUAGUGAAGCCUGCCUGCAGUGUAUCUGUGAAACAAGUUCAGGGUGUGUGACAGCAAAGUGCUCAAGUGGUUUGGAGUGCGGCAUUUUCAGGAUAUCCCAGCCAUAUUGGAUUGAUGCAGGCAGCCCAACGCUUAAAGGUGGAAUCUAUGAGAACGACGACGACGAGGAAAGCACUGAUUCGAAAAAGGCAUAUUUACAAUGUGUAAAUAAUCCGUUUUGUGCGGCUCGUGCCGUUAAGGGUUACAUCGGCAGAUACAUCCGAGACUGUGAUAGCGAUGGCAUAAUCGAUUGUUACGAUUAUGCAGCGAUACAUGUACAAGGACCUACCGGAUGUAAGCUAGAAGAACUCAGCCCAACGAGUUUUGGUCGUUUGUAUCGAUGCUUAAAUGAUUUGACAGUGAAAAGAAGGGCGGAUGCUGCUUAGAGUGCGAUAGAGAGACAUGAGACAGAGAUAUGGGUGAAAAAGUAUCUUAUAAAUACAAUAUGAGCUGUGAAAACAAA